CGGACGUGCAGGGUCUAUAUUUGCGUGCUUCGAGAUACGCAAUACGGCUAUUUAAAUUUGAAAUGCUGUCGUCCUCACUUCCAAAAUAAAAGCUAAGUACAUAGUACUGCGGUGAUGAAAUACGAGAAGCUGUUCCGUCACCACGAGCAGCGAGAUCUCCUCAGCAGGCUGCUCGAUGUCAUCCUUGCAAACGACAUUGAUCUGGUGCAGUCAAUUACAAACUUGGAGAAGAUCGACAUCUCUAAGACCGGGCUACGGUGCCAUGCUCUCCUGUACAGCGCAAUAAGUCACGGCCACCUGGAAAUCGCAGAGUGGCUCCUCAACCAGAACUGCCCGGUCAACGCAAGUGACGAUGCCACCCUCGUCCCCUGGAGCAACGCUCUCCACGCGGCCGUCUACUACAGGCACAACGUCAUGGUUGCAAACUUGUUGGCACGGGGCGCUCACACCACGGCUCGAAACCCCGAGGGCCAGACUCCCUUGUACGUAGCUUGCGACGUCGGCAACGUCGAGGCCCUGGAGCUUCUCCUGUCCGAGGACAAGUCUGCCGUGGACUUGCCUGAUAAGUAUAUGCACAGUCCGCUUCACGUUGCUGUGGAAAAGGAGUGCCUCGAAGCAGUGCAGCUGCUAUUGGGCCAUGGUGCAGAUGUCAACGCGCGCACUGGCAAGGAGGGCCUUGAAGGUUGCAUGCCGAUGCAUAUUGCAGUCAUUGUUCGAAGCUGGAAAAUAAUUCAGGCCUUGCUGUCACGCGGGGCUGACAUAAAUGCAGCUGUUGGCCUGAACAAGGCUUUGCGAAUGCAAUGUGUCCGGUGUAACGUGGAAUUUGAGGGCCUUUCACCUCUUCACUUGGCCGUGACUGCUGAUGCCGGGGAGAUGAUAACGAAACUGUUGCUGGAUCACCAAGCCAACGUCAAUGCAGCUGUGGAGCACUUUGGCACGACUCCGCUGCACCUUGCCGUUCGGAUGGGGAAUAAAAAAAUUGUGAGUCUUUUCAAUGAUUUCAAUGCUGAUUUUUUAGCGAGAACAGAGGAUGGAAAGAACGCUUUUCAUUUGGCAGUUGAAGGUGGUUGGUGUGAGUUGGCGGAAGAAUUGUUUCUGAAAAACGCUGAUGUGAGCAACGCAGCAGAUAACGGCGAUACUCCGUUCCACAUUGCCGUCAGAUCAGGAUUGUUGGAUUUGGUAAAAGCUAUGAUAGACAAUGGUGUUGAUGUUAAUUUGAAAAAUUCGCAAGGUCAAACGCCUCUGCAUCUUGCUGCUCGUUCCAGUACCGAAGUAACAAGGCUUUUACUGGAAGAAGGUGCUAGCGUCGAUGAAACCGAUGCUGACGACCAAACUCCUUUGUCUAUUGCUAUAAAAUCUCACUUUUUUGAAACGUCAUCGUUAAUCCUGAAGUACAAACCAAGCAUCCUCGUAACAGCUAAUAAAGUUGCGUUAAUUUAUGCCUUUAUGAAUUUUAAAGAAUGUAAGCAAAUCGGUAAUUCACUGUCCACUUACAGUUUGCAGCUGCUCGAUGAUUUUGCAAACUCCAAUUUGUCAGUGGAAACACUGUCUAGUUCAAACUAUAUGGAUUUGAUUGAAAAUAUUUUAUCCAAUGUAUCUUCGGAAAAUUCUGAUUUUAAAUUGAAUGACAGUUUUAUUUAUCCAGCUAAAUACAAUGGCAGUAUCAGAAUGGUCAAAUUACUUCUCAAGUACAGCUACACCUGUUUUAACUUUGAAAAUGAAGAAAGUGAAAAACUAGUUGAUUAUGCAAUUGAAUCCAGUGAUUUUGAAAUGCUGAAAACACUUUUUUCCAUUGGAGCAAAAGUGCAGCCUGAUCAUGUACGGUCUAUUAUGAAAUUUGGAGAUUUGAGCUUAUUGAAAAUUAUCACCGACAAUGGUAUAGAUGUCAAUAAGGUUGAUGAGUAUGGCACGACGGCCUUACAUUUUGCCGUAUGGUAUAAGCAGACUGAACUCGUAAAUUAUUUAAUCAAUGAAAAAAAAGUGUGCAUCAAUACCAUGGAGAAAAUUAAUUAUUUAAUUUCAGCCCAAAGCUAUAUUAUAGAUAUAGCUACGUCUCCGCUUCACAUUGCAGUCAUGAAGAAAAAUCAAGAUAUUGUUUUAACGUUAUUGGUAAAUGGUGCAGACGUAAAUUGUAAAAAUGGACAAGAUGCUACAGUCUUGCACUACGCUACCAAAAAUGCAAGCGAUCUUGAUAUGAUAAAAAUGUUAUUAAAACACGGAGCAAAUAUUAACGUUGUUGAUGGCCGCAAAAAGUUGCCGGCUUAUUAUAUUUUUAAUCAAACGUGCAUAUGCGACGAGAAAUUUAGAUUAUAUUAUGAUCUAACAGAAGAUUGUCACUGUGAUAUUGCCGAAAACUUUGAUGAGUACGUUGUUGAUGAAGUAGUUAAAAUUUAUUUAAGGCACAUUAUUUAUUUGACCAUAACAAAUAAAAUUGUUCAUCCAGAUAAUAUUAAUAUAUUAUCAAAAUGUAAGAGUUUUGGUAAACUGCAAAUUUCACAUUUCACUGAAGUCACAAAAAUGAAAGUGGUAAAGAUUUUUGAUAACGUAUCAUUUUAUGAUGUAUUGGUUAAAAAACGUAAUGCGUUAGCAGCUUACGGUCGUAAUAAGGAGUUGGUGCUAGCUUUUGAAACUAGUAAUUACAAACAUCAGUUUCCAUUGUUUGCGGAAAUCUUGUUGGAUCAAUUCAUUGAAGCCCAACGUCGGGCACCUUUACUAGACAGUGCUGGCACGUCUUUGCAAUUUCUUGUAAAUUAUAGUGUUCCUCAAGUUGUUCUAAGUAAUAUUUUUGAUAAUCUUAGCUCUAAAGACUUGAAUAAUGUAACUUUAGCUGAGCAACUCUACCAUCGCAGUACUAUUAGUACAUAAAAGCGAGAAAAUGGCUUUGAUUGUUGUAAUUAAGAUAUAUUUUUUUAUACUACUGCUGUUAGACAGUUUUUUAACGAUUUAUACAGUGAUACCAAAUAUAAUGAUUUAUUUUGUAUAAGUUGCAUUGGUAGUUACACUAAAAUAAUGCAAUAAAAAUCCCUAAUAUAAAAAUUUUUAAACCUUGUACAUCCAGAUCUUACAAAUGCAGUUCAGAGUUCACAAAAGUUGUUAUUGAUUUAGUCAGAUUAUGUAGUCAAAAUAAAAUUGAAAAUUUUAUAAAAACAAAUUCUAAAAAAAGUUCAAGAUCCAGCUAA